GAAGUGUCAUAAUCGAGUAUGAGUGAGAUGUGUGUUUGAUAAAUAAAUAAUUUUUUAACACUUUAAAAUAAAAACAAAAUCUCUCAAUAAAAUUGCAAAUUUUUAUAUUUAAGUAUAAAUGCAACUGUGCUUACUUUUAAUUUAGUUUCGUUUUUGAUAUAUUUGUAUUUUGAAUCAGGGAAUUAAUCGCAGAUUUGAUAAUCGAUUGUGUUAUUUUUUACAAGUGACCCAGUUAUUUUAUAAAAAUGGGCGAUAAGGAUGAUUAUUUAACAGCAUAUAGAGUGUUUUUUGAGAACUUUGCGGCCACAGUUAAUCCCGAAGACCAACUACCAGUGCACAUUGCAGGAUACAGUAUAACCGAAUCGGAAUUGCCCGGUGAAGUUUUGUACUGGACGUCACAAUAUCUUACCGAAAAACAAUGUCCGCCGACACUGAUGACGCCCCUGCGGCGGAUCAUACUUGACGAGGUGCAAAUAGCAUCGAAAAAAUCACCAAAUGAGUUUGGAUACAAAUCUGACGAAUCAGUGUAUAUAGCCCUUAGGCUAAUGCAAGCGGUGACAGCUCGUGUGAACGCCGUCUGCCUUCGGUAUCUGGACAAUGCGCGGCUCGAUACGCUGCCACCACCCCCCACGCUUAAGGAUAUGAAGACCGUGUCUUGUGCCACCAAAAACUCGCGGCGUGCGAUGGAAGAUCGCCACGUCGAGAUCGGGAAUCUUGAAGCGCUUUUCGGAAUUGAGACGGCGACUCCAACUAGUUUCUAUGCAGUAUACGACGGUCACGCCGGCUCGGCAGCAGCAACAUACUGCGCGGCUCACCUUCAUCAGUAUUUAGUUGAGAGCCCAUACUUCAUCACUGAUUUGAGGACAGCCAUGUGCGACGCCUUCCUCAGGACAGAUGCCGAGUUUGUUAGGAAAAGUAACGAAGACCGCGCAUGCGGGGGCAGUACGGCGGUGGUGGUGGUGGUCCGCGGUCGCACGCUACUGGCGGCGUGGGCGGGCGACUCGCUGGCGCUGCUCGCCAAGCGGAUGCAUCUGCUGCAACUGGUGCGGCCGCACAAGCCCGGUCGAGAGGACGAACGAGAUCGAAUAGAAUCGUCUGGUGGUACAGUAAUGUAUUGGGGGACGUGGCGAGUGAAUGGGCAACUUGCUGUCUCACGUGCAAUAGGUAAGUCAUGAUUAUAAUAUGUAUAAUCCCCGCAUAUUGGUAAUGCGUCUGGCCGCCAUUUUGAUGACGUAAUUGGGUUCAAAAAUCAGUACGGUUGUGCUGAGAUCACACACAAUUUUUUGUUUUUUUAUUGAUUUCAAUUGUUAUUAUGAAAUUUUGUUGUUUCCAAAUAAAGUAACAACUUGUUGAUUAAAAUAGCAACAGCUAUUAUGAGUUUUAGAAUAAUUAAACAUAAUUUCACUCUAUAUGUCUCAAACAUAAACAAAACUACUAAUGGAAUAUAAGUAGUUUUGUUUAUGUUUUUAAAAGUAAUUUCCGUUUGUUAUUGCUUUAUAACGAAGGUAAAUGUUAUUUAAUCAUAUUUAUUAUUCUCCAUAUCCUUCAAUUCUUACACAUAAAUAUGAUUCUUUGAUAAAAAUUCAUGCAAUAAAUUAACAAAGUACGUGUUAUUAAAUUAUUAUAACAAUAUUUAGUGAUUACUCUUAAAUUAUUCAAUAAUUAUUAAAUAAUUA